AUGUCUGCUACUCAGGAAGAAGACAAGAAGCCCGGAGACGACGGAGCUCACAUCAUUCUCAAGGUCAAGAGCCAGGAUGGGGAUGAAGUCUUAUUUAAGAUCAGAGGAAACACUCAGCUGAAAAACCUGAUGUACGCUUAUUGCGACCGCCGAGGUUUGAAAAUCGACGCAUUCUCUUUCUUUUUCGAUAUGCGUCGUCUCCGUCGUGAACAGACUCCAGAUGAGCUUGAUAUGAAAGAUGGAGAUGUCAUCGAUGCGUUUCGACCGAUGAGUGGUGGUCUAAGAGCAAAUCAGCUUCAGUGGUCUUAUAUGAUUUUUGAUAAGAUUGAGUGA